GAUUUGGGCAGUGAGAUCUAAAAGCAGCUAAUUACAGCUAAAUUAGGCAACCAGGCGGUCUUAUUUUGCGCUUCGUAUUUCUUGACAGACGUCAGAUCCCACGUGUAGCGACGCUGGUUCAUUUGGCGUCAAGGGCAACGGGUUAUCUUAUCUGCGACUUGCAAAGUUACUUAAAGUUAAUGAGAAGAAAACUAGCAAGGUCAUUUCAACCAGUUAGAAAAAUUAAACUACUUACCAAGCACCUGCGGUUCUGCGGUACAACAGGGUGAAGCAUCCUCAGCUCCACACCUGGACAUCCACAUCGAGACACCAAGCCAAGGCAGCCCUCAGUCUUUUGAGAGCCUCUUACCCAUAUUCCUGAGCCACUUCCAUACAAGACAGUCAGUGAAGAUCUAAGGCGUUAGUGGAUGACUUCCCUGUGUCCAGCCCUGGAACAGAGGUUUCGCAUAGUCACCCUGCGUGUUGCAACAACCGCCCCCCCCUGAACGACAGACAUGCUGCACAGUCAUUUGCAGAAGUGAUGAGUGGAGUGGGUGAGUCCUGUGGGCGGAGGACUCAGGAGCGACCUGGUGCACCCAGCAGCCCACACUCUGCCCUCCUGGGAGGAGACACUCUUCACUGAGCUGCAGGAGCUACAGGCCCACGGGGAGAGCGAGCUGCCAAAGAGCAACACCACCAAAUAGGAUAAAGUUAUUGGCGGUCGUCCUCAAUGUUGCCCACAGUUGGAGUAAAAAACUUCUGGCUCGCUACCGCCCACCUGUGUCUCAUGCAGGCUCAAUGCCCUGCUCCAUCUGGGGUGUGUCUCUGACUCUCUAUGUGACUGUGAUCAGGAGGAUCAGCAUUUUCUCACUUCUCCUUCACUUCACUUCGAGAGCGCUGUGCUAGCUGGAUGAAAAAGAUGCUAACUCAAUCAAGCAAUGGCCCCUAGGUUGGCUCCCCUGAGGAGCAGCCUGUGUGGAACCACACUUUUCUGUUCCUGGAACAAGUGUGUGCUGCCAUGUUUACUGAAGCUGCUGCUCUGGUGCUACCACUUCCCCACAGCAACUGGUAACAGGGGGAAAAAGUCAAACGUGCAGAGAAAAAAUGUCAAAAAGACUAUUGUAAAUGAAGAAUGUUUACACACUUUUUAAUGUGCCCUGAAUCCUUCGAGCAGAGUGUUGCCUCUAUAUUGUCUGUGUGCUGGUGAUAGAUGCAGUUAAGUGGCAAAUCCGCAGCCCCCUUGGGCUUCUCCGCCUUGCUCCUACACCAGGAGCGUUACAGGAAGCUGAUGUCAGAGACAGGGCAGAGGGGAACGAAUGUGGAGAAGCUCCCCCUAAGGGUAUUCACUGAGAUGGAUGGAGGCUGUACAUUAUCCUCCUGUGAUGACAGAGCACCGCACUUCUCCAACUAUCAGCAUAGCACUGCCUUGUUAUCACAACUCCAGAAGGAUGGAUAUAACCUCCCAUCCCAUGAUGCCCUGGCACAGAUCCUAGCACAUCACCAGCGCCUCCUCAACACAACCAAGACUGAACUUCACACCACAGACAGACCGGCUGAGAAGGCAGAAGCUGCACAAAGCAGCAAACACUUGAACAUGAACCAAACCUAUCAAGUACAUCAUCCACACAGGCGCCCUCCUCUCCCUGACUUUGACGAUGACCCGCAAAUGGCAGAGAUUACUGACCUCCAAGCGAAGGAGGUGGAGAACUACCGCUCGGCAAUGCACAGGAUGGCAGAGGACAUACUUGGCUUGAGGGCACAGGUGGUGACUUUGGAGGCGGAGAACAGCCAGCUCCGCAGUGAUCUGUCGCUGCACCGGGACCUUGGCCGAGAUCUGCUGGAUGACACUGACAUCGACGUCAUGACCAAGGCUGAGAUUGCUGACCGGUUAGCCUCUCUGAAAGUCAAGCUGGCCAGUGACACAGCCAAAGCUGCUUCUCAAAGGGACAGGAUCCAGCAGCUGCAGAAUGAGCUGAUCAGGAAAAAUGACAGUGAGAAGAGGCUAUUAAUGCUUCAGAGAGCCAACCAGCAACAACAGGACCAUCUGCAGCACCAGCAGAGCCAUAACACAGAGAUUGCGAGUUUGGAGGCCACGGUGAAACAACAAGAGAAGAUCAUUAAAAAUAUGGAGAAAGCAUUAGAUAACAAACUUGCAGAGAGGAAAAAACAGAACGAUGAGAAAAAGCUGCUGGUGAAAAAGCAAAGAGGUGAGACAGACAGCAAAAGGAAAGAGACAGAGUCUGCCUUGGCAGCAGAAAACGCUCGUCUCAGAGGAGAGCUGGAGAAGAUUUGCCAGCAGCCUGCGGCCAUCAUUGCACAGCACUUAGCACAGAUACCAGAGACAAUGCCAGACAAGGAGAGACUGAAUUUGCUGAGUAAGCUGGAGAAAGCUGAAGCAAGAGUGGAAACGCUGGAGACUCAGCUGGAGGACAGCUCUAAAUUAUGGGGCAGGCAAAAACAAGAAAUGCUGAUCAAACUAAGCGAGCACAAGCAUGGUUUUGCUCAAUCAUCCACCACAACCCUUCAAAAUCUUCCUCUGAGGACUGUGUCUGAUUUCCAGAAUGAGCAAAGCAGAAAGACAAAGCAGAAAUCUGGUAAAAUGACCUGCGUCUCCACCACUGCUGGCCCAGAUCAAAUAGCACACACAGAUGUUUCUUUUCAGUAA